UACGCAUAUCGAUUAAACAAACGUAGUAAACAGUAGAAAUACCACUUAUACAUUCGAUAAUUUCAACAAGAAACCAUUAUGUUAGCAUCUAAAAUUGAAAAUAAAGUGAAACACAACUUCAUCGAUUACAAGCAACCAGUCAAUGCAAUUGAGAAUGACUUUCGGACUGCCUCAUACCUUGGUCAUCGAUAUUUUAAACAAAAUGAUUUCACAAUACCACCCAGUCAAUCAAUCAUCUCACCGAGAUACGUAUUCCAUCAAAAAGAAAUGCGCUAUGAUUAUGCUAGCGAACACGCCUCCCAAUACACUCCGAAAUACAACUUUAGUACAACAAACAAAGCCCGAGUAAAUAUGAAUUGCUCAAGGCCGACAUUCGCGAAAUCAAUGGAACGUCGCAUUUUCGCCAGUCCACCGAAAUCUAUUCGUAAUGGCUCUACACAAGCGAGAGACUAUGCACACAGAACUCGAACAAAUAGUGACUACGUGAUUCUGAACCCGAUGUGCGGAGAGCUAUCUAAAUAUUCUGGUGUUAGUGUUGACCGUGUUGACGAAGGAUGCUAUAAGUACGACUCGACCAAUAUGAGCGAUUAUAAAGCACCACACGGUGAUCAUGUACCACCUGGUUGCAACAAGGAUACCGUGACGGUGUGGAAUUAUAAUGAGUCGUUCAAAUGUAGACCAUCAAAAUCCAACCAGAAAAUAGUCGGCAACAGACCAAUGUUCCUCAAACACAACGGAAUGAAAUCGGAGAAGCAGAGUGCUUAUGUUGUUCCGGUACCGAAGAGACUCAAUUGCGGUGACCAACUUCGGUGUUAACAAAAUUUUAGAUGUUUUCAUUGAGUAGAUAAAUUCAGUGAUUUGUAU